UAUAAGAGAAGAAGGGAUAUGAAACCAUCGCCAGUUAUAUUGACUUUCUUUUAAGCGACACGUGUAUACGCAUAUUCCACACAGGAGGAUACAGAGAUUAAAAAGUACUCAAAAUGAGAACACCAUUACGGAUACUUCUGAUUGCAUUAAUAUUAAAUGCAUGUACAAAUGGGCUUCCUUACAACCAAAUUCCAGAAUAUUACACACCACAACAAUCGUCUUGGUAUAAUAAUAAACAAGAUCAACAACAAGAUAAUAGUUUUUCUAAUACUUCGCCACACGUUUUUCAAGAACAACAAGUCGGUGAAUUUGGUACGGGUUGGAAUCAAUUAAACCCUCCACUUUAUAUCAGUCAAUCCGAUUUAUAUUCUGGUUCAAUAUCUCAAAAUACAGACGCAUCAGAUUUUAUUACAUUUUCUCAAUCAAACUUAAAGCAAGAAGAGAUAAUCGAUGAUGGAUUAAGUGUGUCUUGUAAUGGAGAUAAUAAAAUUUGCGUAGAUAAAGAUCUUUGCAUAGAUGGAUACGUUAAUUUCGUACAAAAAGAAUUAAUUCGUGAUAAGCAGCAGAUUCAACAAUGCAAUCUCAAAUAUAACAUAUGUUGUACUGUAAAAGAUUAUUUCGAACAAUCAUCAUCUGAUGUUGGUGACACCAGUAUUCCUUUCUUAGAACAAAGUGAUUAUCUUGAUGUCAGUCCCAUAACCAAUAGUCAAGGACAUAUUCAUCCAGAACAAGUAGAUCAACAAAAUCUUUUGAUCGAUUUAAAUCCAUCUCAGGAUGUAGAAUCAACAAUAGAAAAUGGUGUUAAACAGAUUGCAAUUCAACAACAAGUUACUGAUUUUAAUAAAGGUACAGAUAUAGGCUCAGGUACUGCAGUACUUCCAGGAUCAUCAAUAAGUUCUAGCACUAAUUUAGAUAAUGUAUUUACUAAAGCUCAAGGUAGUGAUAUAGCUUCUACUAAAGUACAGUCAUCAUCAGAUUUACCAAAUUCAAGAUUUACUGAUUUCCAAGUACCAUUACAAUUAGGAUGUGCAGCAGCUUUACUUUGUGUAGAAGAACAAUUUUGUACUAAAGAAGGAGUAAUUAGCACACAGCCUAUCACAUUUACAGAAAAAGAUAUUCUACAGCGUGUUCCAUUAAGUAGUUGUAAAAAUUCUGAGAAUGGGAUUAUUGGAAAAUGCUGUCGUGAUCCGAAUUAUGUAGAUCCAUGGCCGACGGGUAAUUUACCAGCAAAUUAUUCUGGUGGUUUUGAUGAACAAGGAUUUCCAACAUUUUUAAAUAUAGCAAAAGUACGGCCACCAAAGAAGCAAACUAGUGCUACAAAAACAGCAUCAACUAUUAAGCCUUCAGUGAAACCACCUACACUUACUAAUGAACCAAUUCUCACUAUUAAAUCAUCUAUUCCAACAUUACCCACGUUACCAAAUGAGAAUAAUUACGAAGUUUCUGAUUCUUCUAUUCAUAUACCUAAACAAGUCACUGGACCAUUAUAUCCUCCACAAAAUCCAUUGAUACUAAAUGAAACACCUUCUAUUGUACCAAGACCAUUUACAAAUAAUAUUUAUAAUACUGCAUCCAGCAAACAAAAUUCUGUAUUGGUGCCAUCUCAGCAAAUACAAAAUGAAUGUGGAGUACGACAUAGUGUUUUACAUACAGAAAAAUUAGAUAAGCCUGUAACGUCUUUUGGUGAAAUUCCAUGGCAAGCAAUGAUAUUGUCAAAUAAACAUCGCAGUAUAUUAUGUUCUGGAGUAAUAAUAACACCAAGCAUUGUUGUAACAACAGCUUAUUGUGUAAAUGGAAUUACACCACAAGAAGUUUCAGUAAAAUCUGGAGAAUGGAAAUUAGGAUAUGAGCUUGAACAUGAAGAACCACUUCCAUUCGAAAUAACAAAUGUAUCAUCUAUUGUUACCCAUCCAAAUUAUGUGCUGGGAUCUUCUGUGAGUGAUAUUGCAGUUCUCUACUUAGAACAUGCUAUAGCAAAAAACACACAUGUAAAUCCACUGUGUCUGCCAAAUUCAAUUGAAACUCAAACAUUAAAUAAAUGCAUUGUAACAGGAUGGGGUCAAGCAAUAAUUAAAGUACAUGCACUUGGUGCUGUUAUGAAUAGUCUUGAUGUUGACAUUUUAUCACCUGAUGUAUGUAUGCAACAUGCAUCUGGACAAAAAUAUAAUAUAAAUAUAGAAUAUGGAACUUUAUGUGUAAAAUCACAUAAUAUAAAUCAUAAUAUGUGCCAAACUGAAAUUGGUGGACCAUUAGCUUGUCAAAGAGAAAACGGAAUCUAUGAACUUGCUGGACUUUAUAGUCAAGAUAAUGGUUGCUCUUCCACCAAUCAAAUUGCAAUUUUUACACCUAUUGAUAAUGAUUGGUUAAAAAAAAUGAUAUAUUAUAAAGAAAAAAAUAUAUCUUCUCCAACAUUUAAUAUAAAAGACGACUCAUAUGACUAUAGGAAAAGUAAUCUUCCAUCUGAAAUAAAUCAAUAUUUACCACCAAUCUACGAUCCAUUGUUGUAUAAAUUGCUAUUGAUACAAAAAAAUAAGAAUUAUACAAUGUCUUUAUACGAUGAUUUUGAUAAACAUCGAACUUCUGAAAAAGUUGCCGGGUGGUCCUCCGGUAUAAAAUUGUUACAAUCGCAACUUCAAUUAAAAAAAGCUGCUACUACACAGCCAAAACGUGAACAGUAUAGAAAAGCUACUGCUGUAUUAGCACCAGUUAUAGAUUUGAAAUCAAAGACUAGAGAUAUUGAGAAGGAUGAUGAUGGUUUACAUAAUAAUCCACUUACAACAAAUAAUACAGGAAGUAUUGGAAUUGGUAGUGAAUUUGACUGGAAUGUUAUAAAUGAAUAUGAUCCUAUGUGGCCUAAUGAAUAUGAAAAAGUAGUCAAAGAGUUACGUGAUAUUCGAGAUAGAGAACAUGAUCAAGAAACUGAAAUGCGUAAAAGAAGACGUGAUAAUACACGUUUUGAAGAUACUCAAGCAACAGGAAAUAAUACUUUAGUACCUCCAGAAAGAGACGAAGAACGUACUCCAACAUCUAGAGGCAUAGCUGGUGGUGCUGCUAUAGCACCUCCUCCAUCAUUACAAGAGUGUUCUGAUUUACCAGCAUCAUCUCCAUCACCAAGACAGCCUUCUAAUUUAGGUUAUGCUACAUCAUCUGUUGCUGCUAAAAUUAUGGCUAAAUAUGGUUUUAAAGAAGGACAAGGGUUAGGUAAAAAAGAACAAGGCAUGUCUGUAGCAUUACAAGUAGAGAAGACGAGUAAACGAGGUGGCAGAAUUGUUGGAGAAAGAGAACAGCUUAUGCCACCACCACCUCCAGUUUCAAUGUCUCCGCCACCUCUACAACAGCAGACAUCACAACCACAACCUUUGCAAGAAGAACCAAGUAUUACAGAAAUCAUGAAAUCACCAAGCAAAGUUGUACUAUUACGUAAUAUGGUUGGACCAGGAGAAGUAGAUGAUGAUCUAGAGCCAGAAGUGAAAGAUGAAUGUAAUACAAAAUAUGGUGAUGUAGCACGUGUAAUUAUUCAUGAAGUUAUUGAAGCAACCCCAGAGGAUGCAGUUCGUAUUUUUGUAGAAUUUAAAAGAAUAGAAAGUGCUAUUAAGGCUGUCGUUGAUUUAAAUGGACGAUUCUUUGGGGGUAGACAAGUUAAAGCAGGUUUUUAUUCUAGUGAAAAAUUAGACAGUUUGCAAUUAAUGGAUUAAUGAUAAAAAUAUUGAAUAUAGAAAUUAUACUAAUAUAUACCAUAUUAACUCUUUCUUGUCGAACUGAACGUACUUCGCUUGUACGAACGAAAAUAAUUACGACUAACGGUAUAAUCAUGCCUACAAUUAUUACGACGGGAAGGAGUUAAUAUCUAGUUGAGUCCUAUUUGUUUAAUUGCUUUUGUUUAUAUAUUUUGAAGAAAAAAAAAAUAUAAAAAUCAUAAAAAUGAACUUCAAUAUAUAUAUAAUAUAUAUACGAUAUAUAUAUAU